UUGUAAGAGAGAAAUCGCAAACAGAAUGACGUGAAAGCCGCUAUUGGUAUUGCUGCUGGCGCUUCUGACAGACUGUUGAUCGAUUCUUUUGUAAGGGGUCAGUACGACUGUUUGUUGAGAUCCAGCCAUCAAGGCUUGGCAAACCUUUUGCUUAAGGUUAUGUUCAUGAAGGAAGCACAGCACAAGAUUGAUAAUAAAUAGGGAAGUAGUGAGAAAAGGAAUCCAAAGUCAUUGCGCCCCCUUUACAUACACGAUGAGGCAUGCAGGGAGAUCGUGCAUCCUGUCUGAUAUCAUUGUGAUAGAUCAGCGGCAGCAAUACAACUAGCAAACCGAGUGACAUGUAAGGUUUAGUUAAAUGAACAAAUUCGAACACAAUUGCACCGCGUACACUCAUCGCUCAGCGUUGAUGACAUAAUAGAUGAUGGUUUCGCACGCAGGUUACACAUUGAGCAUGUCUAACCUUAGCUGACGAUGCCGCGCAUCGUGGAUAUAGCAGUGCUAUGGGCGAUAUAAAAAGGAUUUAGUUUACUAUUCAGUGCCUAAUAAUUGAUUAUUGGAAUUGGAAAGAUUUGUGAGUCAACUUACUAGAGCUGCUUUCAGCAUUCCGUUUAUUUUGAAGCGAUACAAUUUGUCGAUUUGACGAUAAUGUUUUUGAUUCCAUUUCCUUCGAAAGCGAUUGCGGUUUUUGUAUGCUAAAGAGUUGCUUUUGGAACAUGCUUUGAGAACCAUAAAACACAUGUAACACUAUUGGGACAUAUUUGCAAAUGAUCUUCAUGUAACCGUAGUAACCAAGAUCAUGGCUCUUCAUAGCAGAUGCCCGCGAAUUGUGUUGCCUGAAUAAAGAAAAAUAAAAGAAAGAUUUGCUAUUCUUUUACAAUUUAUUGUACUAUUCAUUAGACAACACCUAUAUCAUCAACGAUUACGUUGAUUACAAAACAGUUACAAUGCAUAAGUUGCUAUCAAAUAACUGCUGCAGAUAAUACGCUGAUGUCGUCGGAGGCGCAUGAAAUCUCUCCCAGCAUAAAACAGGUACCACUAAUGGUCGUCGUAUGAAACUGAAAUAACACGGACAAAUAAACAAAAACCCAUUAGCAAAUCAACGCUUAUGCCAGCAUCAAUUCCAGGCAGUUUGCCCGAAAUGCCAUGUUGCCCGUAGUAUACAAAAGGAAAACGCAACUUAUUAGCAAGGUUUAAUCCAAACGCCUAACGUCACUGAAGCCACUGAAGCGAUGAAACGUGUGUUAAGGAAACGGACGCUGCAUGCAGAGCAGGUGUAGUGAUAACGAUAGAGAGGAUAUUAGUUAGUCAGAGAGAUGGUGAAAGGGAUGUGGGUUUAGGUUUUAAACUGUAACGCACAUCACUACCGAUGGUAAACCCGUAGGGAAAAGAAGCUGGAGAUAUAGAACUGGCAAAAGAACUAAUGCAACUAGUGAAAGAGCAAGCAAGCAUAGCGCAGAAAAGUCACGCAAAUGGGUUCACAAAUGACCGAAGAAAUCGAACGAAAAACCAAUAAAAUAUAAAUGGCCGAGGA